UCGCUCUGUUGAUUGUGGAAUGCAUAUGUCGCACAGUACGCCGUUGUUGUGAAUCAUGUGUAAAAGUUAUCCGUAAAGACCAAGUUAUUAUGAGCGACUUCGAGUCGAUACAUCGCCUGGAAGGCAUCGAAGAGGAGGUGGGCGGUCUCAUAAAAAAGAAGUCUGUUCACGAGUUCAAAGCGCCCGAGAGGAAGUCGGUCCUCGGCCUCGACGUUCUUGCGGCCGCCAAGAGGAAGCAAAAGCUCGAAGAAGAAAACGGUAAAAAGCCCCGCAGAGAUGGUGAUCGCAGUGAGGAGUCAAGUCACGAAAUGUCGGAGUCGACGUUUAAUCGACAGUACCGGAAACCACGCAUAGAGACUCCGACGCACACCGGUGGAGUGGAUGCCAAGUACGCCGACCGUAUUCGUGACCACCGCGAACACCACAGCCGGGGCGUUUACGCCUCCUCAAAGGACUCGAGAAAGCGUCCGGAAUCUCCGUCGUCUCGCGAGCGUGAUCGUGACAGAGAUCGGCGUGACGACAGGCGCGACUCCGGGCGCUCCUCGUCGCACCGUUCUCGCAGAGACUGGAGCGAAACGCCGCCUCGCUUCAAGGAUCCUCCUACGCCCAAUAUUCGACCAAAGGACACUCCGUCUCGCUCAAACUGGGAGGAAGACGAAGAAACGCCGUCGCGACGCUCGUCUUGGGACGUGCUGACGCCGUCGCCUCGCGACGGCUCCGAACGGCGGAGCACGGACAGGCGGUCUCGACGGCCGACAGACACACCGCGGGCUACGCCGGCGCACAAGUACAAUUCCUGGGCCGCCGACAGGCGCAAGACGUACGCCACGCCAGGAAGCAAACACACGAAAGACGAAAAGAUUCCGUGGGAUGAAGACGGCGAGCAGAAGGUCGAGUGGGAAGUGGAGCAACAGAGGCUAGACCGCGAGUGGUACAGUAUUGACGAAGGCUACGACGAGAUUCACAACCCGUUCGCUAGCAUACCACAAGAGUACACCAAGAAAAAGGAGGAAGCACUAGAGCAGAAGAAAAUCAAAAAGGUUUCAGCUCAGCAGAGGCAGAUUAACAAGGAUAAUGAGAAGUGGGAGACCAACCGAAUGCUCACCAGUGGUGUGGUGCUAAAAGUUGAUGUGGACAACGACUUCGAGGAGGAAAACGAGGCAAGGGUCCAUGUCCUUGUGCACAACAUUGUGCCGCCAUUUCUGGAUGGACGUAUUGUAUUUACCAAGCAGCCAGAACCAGUGCUUCCUGUGAAAGAUGCAACGUCUGACAUGGCCAUUGUCUCUCGUAAAGGCAGUGCUGUUGUUCGAUUCCACAGGGAGCAGAAAGAGCGCAAGAAAGCUCAGAAGAAAGAGUGGGAGUUGGCAGGUACGAAACUGGGCAACAUCUUAGGUGUUAAGAAAAAGGACGAUGAACGUGAUGACAAUGAAGAAGCUGAUUACAAGACUGAGCAGCGCUUUGCUGAUCACAUCAAGGAUGCCGACAGCCAGGGAACCAGCGAAUUUUCACGGAAGAAGACUAUAAUACAACAGAGACAGUACUUGCCCGUAUUUGCAGCACGACAGGAGCUUUUGCGCAUCAUCAGGGAAAACAGCAUUGUGAUCAUCGUUGGGGAAACAGGCUCUGGAAAAACAACACAGCUAACCCAGUACCUUCACGAAGAUGGGUAUAGUAAGUAUGGAAUGAUCGGCUGCACACAACCCAGAAGAGUGGCAGCUAUGUCUGUAGCGAAGCGAGUGUCAGAUGAAAUGGGCUGCAAGCUAGGUGAAGAAGUGGGUUAUGCAAUCCGAUUUGAAGACUGCACUUGUGAGAAGACGAUAAUUAAGUACAUGACCGAUGGUAUUCUCUUGAGGGAGUCCUUAAGGGAGCCAGAUCUUGACCAUUACAGUGCUGUUAUCAUGGAUGAAGCCCACGAAAGGUCUCUCAGCACUGAAGUGCUUUUUGGUUUGCUUCGUGAAGUGGUGGCACGCAGGCAGGACUUAAAGCUCAUUGUUACCUCUGCAACCAUGGAUGCCACGAAGUUUGCUUCCUUUUUUGGAAAUGUUCCAUCGUUCACCAUUCCCGGAAGAACCUUUCCUGUUGAACUGUUCUUUAGUAAGAAUCCCGUUGAAGACUACGUUGAUGCUGCUGUCAAGCAGACACUACAAAUUCACCUGCAGCCCACUGUUGGAGAUAUUUUGGUAUUCAUGCCUGGACAGGAAGACAUUGAGGUGACCUGCGAGCUUAUUGCUGAAAGACUUGGUGAAAUAGAUAACGCCCCACCAUUGGCCAUUUUGCCUAUUUAUUCCCAGCUCCCUAGUGAUCUUCAAGCCAAGAUUUUCCAGAAGGCUCCAGAUGGAAUUAGAAAGUGUGUAGUGGCAACAAACAUUGCUGAAACUUCACUGACAGUUGAUGGAAUCAGCUUUGUUGUUGAUAGUGGCUACUGCAAAUUGAAGGUCUACAACCCUCGCAUCGGUAUGGAUGCAUUACAAAUUUACCCUGUCAGCCAAGCAAAUGCAAACCAGCGCUCUGGACGAGCCGGUCGAACAGGACCAGGGACAUGUUUCAGGCUAUACACGGAUCACCAGUACAAGAAUGAGCUGCUUAAAACGACAGUACCAGAGAUCCAGAGAACAAAUCUUGCAAAUGUUGUAUUACUCUUAAAGUCUUUGGGUGUCCAAGACCUACUUCAGUUCCAUUUUAUGGAUCCGCCACCCCAAGACAACAUAUUGAACUCCAUGUAUCAGCUGUGGAUCCUGGGGGCUCUGGAUAAUGUUGGAACUUUGACCCCACUAGGACGCCACAUGGUUGAAUUCCCUCUCGAUCCUGCACUCUCUAAAAUGGUUAUUGUUUCCUGUGACAUGGGCUGUAGUGAGGAGAUCCUCACAAUUGUUUCAAUGCUCUCAGUGCCCAGCAUUUUCUACCGUCCAAAGGGUCGGGAGGAAGACAGUGAUGCUGCACGAGAGAAGUUCCAGGUGCCCGAAAGCGACCACCUGACCUUCCUCAACGUGUUCCUUCAGUGGAAGAUAAACCACUACUCAUCCUCGUGGUGUAAUGAGCACUUCAUCCACGUCAAGUCUAUGCGCAAAGUGCGUGAGGUACGGCAGCAGCUUAAGGACAUUAUGGGUCAGCAGAAGAUGAAGCUUGUCUCAUGUGGCACUGACUGGGACGUUAUCCGCAAGUGCAUAUGUUCCGCUUUCUUCCUCCAGGCAGCACGACUCAAAGGCAUAGGAGAGUACAUAAACUGCCGCACGGGCAUGCCUUGCCACCUUCAUCCCACCAGCGCCCUCUUUGGAAUGGGCUACACUCCGGACUACGUUGUCUAUCACGAGCUCAUCAUGACCACAAAGGAGUACAUGCAGUGUGUCACUGCUGUUGAUGGUCACUGGCUGGCUGAACUUGGACCCAUGUUCUACAGCGUGCGCGAGUCGGGCAGAUCACGGCAUAGGAUGCAGAGAGACCACCAGUCACAAAUGGAACAGGAAAUGGCUCUGGCGGAGCAGCAGCUCCGGCGGCGCAAGGAUGAACAUGAUGAAAAGCAGGCAGCGGCUUCAAUGCGUGCAGCGCGAAUUGCCACACCUGGCUACCAGCCAGAAGCUCCCCAGCCACAACCAGACUUAUACUUACCUUUAAACUGCAAGCCACUGAGCUGUAAUAGGACCAUCGUGACAAAUGUUUGUGGUGCUUGUAGAUGGCUCGAGGACAUCUUGCAUUGAAAAGGACGCAGAGGUUUGGCACUCAAAAGGGGGCACACCUGGGAGCUUGGGAUGUGGAAUGCCUUUUCAAGCCAUCAGGUGACAGCAACACGUAACAGGCUUUAAAUUGCCCAGUGGUUCCUGGCAUUGACUUCAAAGAUGAUUUAUACUUCAAAAUGCUUAUUGCUGCAGGGCCAUAAGUUCUCUUAAGUAUCAUUAUUUGGUAUCAGUACAUGACCAUACUUGUCCAUAGCAUGCAUCACUUUUGACCUCCAUAGGACCUGUGCUUUCCAUUAGCACUUGCACAUUGCUGCAGCAGUACGUGUCAUUGUCUGGUACUUAUACAUUUCCAUCUGUGUUUCAAGUCGCUGAACUAGCUGCCAACUUCAUAAGUGCAAAUUCUUAGUGCUAAAUGUAAAUCUGGGGCAUCUUUUUUUUCAUACCAGUGUCUCCAAACUUGGGCAUUUUAUGCAAAAUAAUGUAGUAAUGCCUGGUGCCUAGUUUGAGCAGAACAUAUGGUAAAGUACUGGUGUAAGCUGUCAUGGUGGCAUUGUAUGCUAAUAUUUACUUGAUGAAACUUGUAAAAAUGUAUUGCCAUCGUGAGUUGCUUCACGUAAUGUAUUCACAGAUGUAAUUGUGAUCUUUAAUCGUUCAGUGGCGCUACAUAUGAGCAUGCAAAAUUUACAUAGUGCUGAAUGGCAAAUACAUUGUGUGGAAAUUAAACACUAAUCUGUAAAUACAAUGUUUAUAUCUUUUUUUUCAUACCAGUGUCUCCAAACUUGGGCAUUUGAUGCAAGCUAAUGCAGUUAUGCACGGUGCCUAGUAUGAGCCGUACACAUGGUAACAUACUAUUAUAAGCCGUCGUGUGACUAUGUAUGUCAAUAUUUUCUUGAAGCCUGUAAAAAUGUAUUGCCAUUGUGAGUUGCUUCACUUCGUGUAUUCACAGAUGUAACGGUGAUCUUGAAUCGUUCAGUGCACUACAUAUGAACGUACAUUUACAUAGUGUUGAAUGCAAAUAUAUUGUGUGGAAAGCAAACAAUAUUCUGUACAUACAAUGUUUACAGCGGCGUUAUUUGUGUGUGGUGAAAUCAACUGUCAGUCGGUGUUUGUCUUCUUUGUUCAUCGUGUACUUUUGUGUGUAGAUAGAUCACAGCAUAAUUAUGUGCCAUGCUGAAUCGAAUAAAAUAAAAGCCAGAAAUUGGUUUUAAAUA